GUUGACCGGCUGAUUGAAGAGGCCGCACAGCGCACCCCCAAUGCCCCAGCCAUCUUCUCGUGGGAUGGCCAGAUGACGUACGCCCAGUUCAACCAGACCGCAUGCCGUGUAGCCAACUAUCUGGAGUCAGUCGGUGUGCGUCGGGGCCAGCUGGUUCCAGUCUGUUUUGAAAAGUCCCGCUGGACCAUCAUCACUAUGAUCGCCUUGUGGAAGGUCGGUGCCGCCUGGGUCCCUCUAGAUCCACGACAUCCCCGCCAGCGUAUUGAGACGAUUGUCCAAAGCGUAGAGGCCACGACGGUCAUCACCUCCGAGGCCAACCAGGCGCUCUUGGCCGGAAUCGCCCCGCAGGUGAUUACAGUAGACGCCGCUCUGAUCGAGAGGAUUGAGACGAGGUCGGAUGUCGAGUUCGAGUCACGAUCGCGGCCACACGACAUCUCCUUUGUCAUGUUCACGUCUGGAAGUACCGGCAAACCCAAAGGUGUUGUUCAUGAGCAUGCGUCUGUGGCUUCGAGCGCCCUCCACCAUGGUCCUGCCAUGAACAUCAACAAGGAUACACGUGCCUUGCAGUUUGGUGCCUAUACCUUCAUCAUCAGCACUUUUGAGAUCUUCACCACCCUCAUCUUCGGUGGAUGUCUAUGCAUCCCUUCUGAUCACGACCGUCAUACCGAUAUCCGUCCUGCCCUCCGCUCCAUGGAUGCAAAUUGGGCGAUCUUCACCCCUAGUUUCGCCCGGUCUCUCGAGACAGAGGAUGCUCCUACCUUGAAGACACUCAUCCUGGCUGGUGAGGCAGUUGCCCAGGACAUUAUUGACCGAUGGGCUGCCGUCGCUCGCUUGAUCAACAUCUACGGUGCCAGCGAGUGCUCUGUGUGUAUGAUCGGACCCAUGGUCACGGACACCCCGCGCAGCUGCAUCGGCCGAGCCGUCGGCGCCCUCUCGUGGAUCGUCGAUGCGAACGACCACGAUCGGCUGGUCCCCAUUGGAGCAGCUGGAGAGUUGAUUAUGGAGGGUCCCACCCUGGCGCGUGGCUACCUAGCCGACCCCGAGCGCACCCAAGCGGUCUACAUCAAAGAUCCCAAGUGGGCACAGCAACCGGGUAUCACCCGUCAGUUCUACAAGACAGGCGAUCUUGCUCGCUAUGGCGACGACGGCAGGAUCCAUCUGAUCGGCCGGAAGGACUUGCAGGUCAAGAUCCGUGGCCAGAGAGUCGAGCUGACCGAGAUCGAGGCGCACAUGCGCGCCAUCAAUAACCAGGUCAAGACUGCGGUGUCGAUGGUGCACCCACAGGGCAAGGCCAUGCUGGUCGCCUUCAUCUCCAGCCAGAGUGGCUUCGGUCCUGAGUUCCAGCACCCAUUCCAUGCUACGCCUGCGGACCAUGCCGAAAUUUCGAGCAUCGCCUCGCAGAUAAACAGCGAGCUUGUGCAGAGACUUCCGCCGUACAUGAUCCCUUCUGCGUUUAUCCCGCUCACGUACAUGCCCCUGACAGCCUCAGGUAAGACGGACCGACGCAUGAUUACUACGUUUGGCACCGGUCUGUCCUUGUCGGAGCUGGCGGCCCUCGCUGGAGGCGCGGCAAAGUCCACACGCACCAUGCCUUCCACCGCAGAUGAGAAGCAGCUCCAGCAACUAUGGUCCGAAAUCCUGCAUUGUCCGCCCGAGGAGAUCGGCGUGGAGGACAACUUCUUCCAUCUGGGCGGUGACUCCAUCGAGGCGAUGAACCUGGUGCGGCGAUGUCGAGCCGAGGGUUACCAGCUCCAGGUCAGCGACAUCAUGGAUAAUCUCGUGCUGCGCGACAUGGCCAAGGUGAUGGUGCCGGGUCGCCCCUCGACUGAGCUUCCCCCUGCACGUCCCUUCGAGCUUCUCGGCCAGGACGAGGAGAGCAUCCGCUCGGAGAUUCAGGUUGCCAGUGGAUUCAAGGAUGCAGAGCUGAUCCAAGAUGCGUAUCCUUGCACACCGCUGCAGACUGGUUUGAUGGCUCUCUCGGCCAAGAUCUCCGGAUCCUAUAUCGCCCGCCACACGCUUGAGUUGCCGGCGAACCUGAGCGUCGAUCGCUUCAAGGAGCUGUGGGAGAUUGUCGUCGCGAACAAUGACGUGCUGCGUACGAGGAUGGUGGAGACGGACCGCUACGGCACCGUGCAGAUGGUCUGUCGUGACCGCAUCCAAUGGGGCUACGGUAGCGACUUGGAGCAGUAUCUCCAGGCUGACGAGGCGAUCCCCAUGCAUAUGGGCGAUGCUCUCACCCGACACGCCAUCGUCGAGUCUGCCACAGAUAAGAUCUAUUUCGUCUUGACCAUCCACCACGCCAUCUACGACGGGCUCUCCCUGGAGAUGCUGUUCAAUGACCUCCUGGACGCUCUACAGGGCAGUGUGCCCCCCGCGCGUCCGCAGUUCCGGGAUUUCGUCCAGCACGUGGUAGAUAAGAACAACGACGAGGCGACGGAGACGUACUGGCGUAACGAUCUCGCUGAAGGCGACUUGAUCGCGUUUCCCACCCUCCCCUCGGCUAUGUAUCAGCCUCUCGCCAACGAGUCGCUCAUUCACAACCUCACGAUCCACCGCAAUGGUCCCUCUGACUUCACGACCGCAACUCUGAUCCGUGCGGCCUGGACCCUGCUCCAGGCCCGCUACUGUGACUCCCCCGACACGGUCUUCGGCUGCACCGUCAGCGGACGCAAUGCAUCUGUGCGUGGUGUUGAAGACGUGGUCGGACCGGUCAUCGCCACGGUGCCCAUCAAGGCGCACCUGGAGCCCCAACAAUCCGUCAAUGACUACCUCAAGGCCAUCCAUGCUCACUCGGUGGAAAUGACCCCUUACCAAAACUACGGCCUGCAAAACAUUGCCCGCGUCUGCGACAAUGCUCCCUCGGCGUGCAGCUUCCAGACUCUGCUUGUGAUCCAGCCCGCCAGCUCGGUGCCCGAGGCCAGCCUGAUCCAGCCUUUCUCGGCCCCGCGCGCGAGCUUCAGCACCGUAGCCCUCACGCUGGAGUGCAGCCUCUCCGCCGACGGGGGAGUUCUGGUGCACGUCCACUUCGACAACGCGGUCCUGCCCCGCGGCCAGCAGCUGGCGCAGGAGCCUGCCGGCCGCACGCUUGCCGACCUCGAGCUGAUCAGCCCCCGCGACAUGAGCGAUCUCCUACACUGGAACCGCACGAUCCCCGAAGCCACCGAGGACUGCGUCCACAACCUCAUCGCCAAGAACACCAUGGUGAAUCCGACCGCCCCGGCCGUGUGCGCAUGGGAUGGCAACCUCACCUACGCUGAGCUCGACAACAUCUCCUCGAAACUCGCCGCCCACCUCAUGAACGCCGGCGUCGGGCCCGAGGUGUUCGUGCCGCUGUGCUUCGAGAAGUCGAUGUGGACGAUCGUCGCCAUGCUGGCGACCAUGAAAGCGGGCGGCGCGUUCGUGCCCAUGGACGCGUCGCAGCCGUCCAGCCGCAUGCAGCUAGUCGUCCAGGAGGUCAACGCGCAUGUAAUGCUGUGCUCGGAGGAGCAGCUGGGCCGGUGCCCGGGGCUCGUCGAGAAGGCGAUCGCCGUCGGGCCGGGGAUGGCGCAGGCGUCGAUGCCGCAGAUGUCGCAGACCCCCGUGGCGCCGUCCAACGCCGCAUACGUGAUCUUCACCUCGGGCAGCACGGGCACGCCCAAGGGGUCGGUGGUGGAGCACCGCGCCUUCUGUACGGGGGCGCUCGCCCACAAGGAAGGGUUGCAGAUGGGGCGGCGCGUGCUGCAGUUUGCGUCCUACACGUUCGAUGCGAGCGUGCUGGAGAUCCUGUCGACGCUGGUGCAGGGCGGCUGCGUCACCAUCGACCCGACCACCGUGCCCACCCUGGAGACCCUGUGUCUGGCCGGCGAGGCCAUGACCGCCACCCACGUGGCCACCUGGACCCCUUAUGUUCGCCUCGUCAACGGCUAUGGCCCCAGCGAGUGCUGCGUCUGCAGCUCGUCCAACCGCCGCGUCAUGCCCGGCACCGCGCCCAACGACAUCGGCACCGCCGUCGGCGGCGCCUGCUGGGUGACCGACCGCGACGACCACAACAAGCUGGCCCCCAACGCGGAGAAGACCGCCGCAGCGUUCAUCCCGCGGCCCGCCUGGCUGCCCUGGUCGCGCUGCGACCGGCUGUACAAGACGGGCGAUCUCGUCAAGUACGGCGCCGACGGGUCGCUGCAGUUCAUCGGCCGCAAGGACACGCAGGUCAAGAUCCGCGGGCAGCGCGUCGAGCUCGGCGAGAUCGAGUACCACCUCUGCCUGCCGGCCGCGAAAACCGGCUUCGACGUGCCUGCGCUCUCUCGGUCCAUGAGCGAGACGCUCCCCGCGCACAUGGUGCCCGUGAUCUGGAUCGUGGUUGAGAAGAUCCCCAGCUCGUCGUCGACGAAGAUCGACCGCAAAGCUGUGGACACGUGGCUGGCACAGCUGCCGGAGGACUUCGCGCCGACGAUG